AUGCAGUCUGAAGGACCCCAGACAUCCGCCGGGAGAACGGAAACGAGGACAAAUCUCAUCGUGAACUACUUGCCACAGGCCAUGAAUGAGAAGGAGCUACAAUGCAUGUUCAUGACAAUAGGGACGUUGAAAUCAUGCAAGGUCAUGAAAGACUUCAAGACUGGGUACAGUUACGGUUUUGGCUUCGUUGAUUUUCAAAGACCGGAAGAUGCUGCCAAAGCUAUUGAAACCCUCAACGGACUCGAUGUAAUGAACAAGAAGAUAAAGGUUUCGUAUGCUCGACCUCCUGGGGAAAAUAUCAAGGAUUCGAAUUUGUAUGUUGCUGGAAUCCCUCGGGAUUAUAAUGAAGCCCAGUUGGAGCAGGUGUUCGCCAGUUACGGGGCUAUAAUUCAGCGGAAUAUUCUCAAAGAUAAAAUUACUGGUGCUUCGCGCGGAGUGGGAUUUGUUAGAUUUGAUACGAAGGAUGAAGCUCAAGCCGCGAUCGCCGGUCUAGACGGGACAAUACCGCCUGGUGGGACUGAAGCGUUCAAAAUCAAAAUUGCCGAGGAUCACGGGAAACAAAAGGCAGCAUACAAUGCUGGUUGGACUGCUGGUGCAAAUCGUGGUCCCAGAGUACAAGCACCAGCCCCUUUCGGCAGUGGAGGCUUCCAAGAAGGAAUGAUGGGAAAAUACGCCUAUGACGGAGGUCUUCCCUCUCGAGCUGGAGUGCCGCUUUCGGCUUACGGUGGGAUCGGCGCUAUGCGAAGCGAUCGUCCUAAUAAUAGAUACAAUCCACUGGGUUAUGGGAUGUUCCAGUAA